AUGUCACGGAAUACCUCUCGGUCAAUUGCCAGUGCAGGUAGCGAAUCGGUUGGCAGCAGUCGACAGCGGUCAACCUCAGCUCGUGGGGAGCGAUCUGCUUCCAAUCCCGCUUCAUUUUCGCUAGAUACGAGCUAUGAUACAGCCCUGCCGCCUAUCAACUUCAACCAUACAACAAUAGCCCAUCGCCGUACAGGAAGCACAUUGAAGACAGUCAUGCGAAAAAUCUUCAACCGAAAAAGACAGAGUCAGGCAGAUGGAGUGGAAGAAAGUCCGAACGAGGCAUAUUAUAGCUCGUCGCCAGCGAGGUCGCCAGGCCCCGACAUGCCGGGCAAGUCAUUCUUAGCUAUCCCAACCCCGUCGGAAUCAAAGCGGAGCAGCCCUUUAUCGGAACAAAAUCUGCAGCUGCAGCUUGCUGAGACGCAUCUUUCUCCAACUUCAGCAGCCGGUGGCUCACUGCCUUCACCAGGGUUGCGACAGCCUAGACGGCGGGCCACCCUCCCGAGUGUGAUUUUCUCCGAUGAUGAAUCCAGAUAUGCGGUGGCCAGUGCUCUCUCUGAUCCUCAGGAGGACCGAGGAUAUGUCUCCGAUCAAGAAAAAGAGCGAAGCAUCAUCCAGUCACGAAGACGGUCCAGAAGCAUUGGUGCCUUACAGGAUCUGGUAAGCGAACACCAAAUAUCUCCGUCCCAGACACCUUGGCCGCCACGCACAGCUUCCAUCCCGACCUCUGCCCCCGAUUCCAAAUCUCCUCCUCUUGAAGGAAGCUCGGCCAGUGGCCACUCCGCGAGGCCCUCCACUGGAACCACUGUCACCAGCGUGACUCGAGCUUCUGCCGCUCCGUCCCUUCUCGACUCCGAUCCUCACGCAGACCAAGUCAGCCUUCCUCCUAAUGUUGGGAAUCUGGUGCACACAAUGCAACAAGACGACGGUCUUACCUUGGAACAGCGACUGAACACUCUUGAAGUCAAGAUGAUCGAUUUAGAAUUCGCGAUUGCGCGAAUGCAGUCAAAUUCAGUGAAUGAAAAUCCUAUCAAUGACCGCUCUCGUCGAAAAGAGGACUCAUCCCCCUAUGUACGCAAUAAGCCGUCAUUCCUGGGAGGAUCUAUCGACCGUGAUGAAUCUCCCAGUCCCUUUCCUAAUCUCCCGGCGGGACGGCCUACCAGCACGAGUACUAUCCGUGCAGACACCAUGAACUCACGAACCAUUCGACCAGCCCCGUCUGCCAGUUCUCUAUCAGACUUCAACGGCAUCUCCAUCGAGCAAUACAGUGCUCUGGUUACCCUCCUUCGCCGCGAACAGACUGCGCGCAGGACCCUCGAGAGCCAAGUAUCUAGUCUCCAGGAUGAUAUCCGUCAUAUUCAACGCGCGGCAUUGCAUUCCAUGGAGAUGGGGACGAUGUAUCCCAUCCAUACUGUCGAUUCUCAGGAGUUUCUUCGUUUCAGGCGCGCCUUGGAUGGAUCGGACUCGUCUCCCCCAAUUCGAGGAGGCGAUGAAAAGCCUAUUGGCGGUAGUGACUCGGACUGGGAUCGGCCCGACUAUCAUGGUCGAGAUGACCCAUUUGGGCCAUCUAGAUGGGACAGCGAACAUGGUCGACGAGUUGUUACUGUUCCAAUGAUAUGA